AUGGAGUCGGACAAUACUAAGGCCUCGCCCCUCAAAUCAGGGUAUGCCGCUUCGGCAGACCCUGAAGUCGACAUGGACAAGGGGCAGGUUGCCCUUGCGGGUAUCCCGGACAUGCACCUGAAGCGAAACUUCAGCAUCGUCAGUAUAAUUGCCCUGGGGUACAACAAUACAAAUAGUUGGGUGGCUAUAGCCACGAGUUUUGCUAUUGCAAUCCAGUCAGGCGGUGCAGUCUCUCUCCUGUAUGGCAUUCUGCUGGUUACUGCUGCCAUGUUCUGCACGGGUGUGACUUUGGCAGAGCUGGCCAGCGUGUACCCCACUGCUGGUGGCCAGUACCAUUUCACAUCCAUCCUGGCGUCUAAGCGAUGGAGUCGCGGAUUGUCUUACUUCAGUGGCAUGGCCGCAGUGUUUGCGUGGGUUACCCUUGGGGCCUCUAUUGCACUGGCCGGAACAGAGGCACUCAUGGCCAUCGUCAUCCGAUGGCAGCCAUCAUAUGAAGCCCAAAGCUGGCACUAUUUUCUGGUAUAUCAACUGCUGAAUGCAGUAAUGGUCAUCUACAACAUCUUCCUAACCAACAAGACUCUCUGGGUAUACAAUUUAGGGUUCAUUCUAUCCAUUUCAACAUUCCUUGCCAUUAUUAUAGCCUGUCCUGUACGCUCCUCCGCACAUGUCAACACCUCAAAGACUUGGAGUCAGUUCGUCAACGGCUCAGGCGGCUGGCCGGACGGCAUCUCCUUCUUGACGGGGCUUUCCACGCCUCAGUUCAUGUUUUCCGGACUCGACGCAGCACUACACCUUGCAGAGGAAUGUCUCGAGCCUGCUCGUAUCGUACCAAAGGCUCUGCUUGUCACAGUGAUCGUGGGGCUCCUGACAGGGUUCCCCUUUGCCAUUGCCAUCCUAUACAGCUAUGAUAAUAUUGAAGCAUCCCUAACCACACCGACAGGAUUUCCUAUCUACUUCAUCUGGGAAAAGGCCACCCGCUCCCCAACAGCUGCAACAGUCUUCAUGGCUGCACUGUUCGUCGUUUCUUUCGUUGCACUAAACGCAGUGCAUCAGACCGCCUCCCGGCUUACAUGGUCCUUUGCUCGUGAUGACGCUCUGUUUUUCUCCUCUCGUCUCUCCUCUAUACAUCCUACCCUCGGAGUUCCCGUUUGGGCCAUUCUUCUGGAUGGCGCAGCAGUGCUACUAGUCGGGAUUGUCUAUGUCUGCUCGACAACUGCAAUAAUAGCAUUCAACGCCUUCAUCAGCACCACCGUCGUGGUAGCCCAAAUCUCCUACGCCAUCCCAGCUCUUCUUCUCCUCUUCGGCGGGCGGAGUCAGCAGUACCUUCCCCCAGAUCGCCCAUUCAAGGUGCCCAAUAUGCUCGGAUAUGUUUGUAACGUUGUCUGCGUUAUCUGGGCUAUCAUCCUGACGAUUUUCUUUUGCUUUCCCACGGAAUUUCCCGUUACGGGGAGUAACAUGAACUACGCUUCAGUAGUGCUAGUCGUCAUGUUGAUCCUAGGUGUAGGGAACUGGUUUGCUUACGCGAAAAGGCAUUAUCAUGGGCCACGAUUGGAUAUUUAG